CUCUCGUCGCAAAGUGCGCAAUUACUGACAAGACACUUUUUUAAAAAGUUCAUAGCUCUAAAACAUUGAGUGUUGCGCGUAUAGAAAUUUCCGCAUUAGCUUAACUAUCAUUCGAAGCUCAUACAAUCAUGGCGCCAGGUAACCAAAGCUCUGCAUUCUCCAAGCUCAAGCAAGUAUACUAAUAUAUCUUUCCAGCAGUUCAAUUCGAGCUCUCUGAGCCUCCUAGCGAUGCGGUAUCUUCUCUUCAAUUCUCGCCUUAUACCCCGACCAAAUUACUCGCAUCAUCUUGGGAUAAAAAGGUCUAUCUAUAUAACACAGAAAGUGUUUCCGAAGGGGGGAAGCUCAUUAGAACUUAUGAGCAUCGCGCGCCGGUUUUAGAUGUUUGUUUUGGAAGUGAUGAGAAUGAAGCGUUUACAGCUGGAAUGGAUUGGCAGGUGAAACGGUGCGUUUGCCCAAUUGUGUACAUUCAAUUGGGACUGACAUGCUAAUGUGUCACAGGAUUAAUUUGGAAAGCGGGGAACAGAUAGUGCUGAGUACGCAUGAGGCGCCGGUGAAGUCAGUGGUUUAUAGUAAAGAGCAUUGUAAGUUCCAAAAUUGUCGCUGGCGUCAAUUGUUACAGAGUAUUAAUCUCAUCCAGCUCUUCUCAUCUCCGCGUCCUGGGAUCAAACCCUCCACAUCCAUAACCUUUCCGAUCCCUCGCAGCCACCAACGACAAUUCCCCUCCCAUCCAAACCGCACUCCCUUUCUGUCACUCCCACAAAACUAGUAGUCGCCAUGUCAUCCCGCCUUCUAUACAUCUAUUCCCUCCCCUGCUCCACCGACCCCUCCCAAAAACCCUGGCAACAACGCGAAUCCUCCCUUAAAUUCAUGACCCGCGCUGUAGCUUGCAUGCCUAACGACGACGGAUACGCCUCUUCCUCUAUCGAAGGCCGUGUCGCAGUGGAAUGGUUUGAUCCCUCACCCGAUUCUCAAGCCCGCAAAUACGCUUUCAAAUGUCAUCGUCAACCAGAUGCAGCUGGCGAUGGCACUGAUAUUGUAUAUCCAGUCAAUGCGCUAGCAUUCCACCCCACUCAUGGUACAUUUGCAUCUGGAGGCGGUGAUGGAGUGGUUGCACUGUGGGACGCCGUGGCGAAAAGGAGAAUUAGACAGUACCAAAAAUACCCAGCAAGUGUUGCUGCUCUCUCAUUCUCAAGUGAUGGGAAAUAUUUAGCCGUGGGCGUAUGUCCAGGAUUCGAGAAUGGACAAGAAGAUUACAGUGGAGAAGGGUUAACUAAAGUGUAUAUAAGGGAGCUUGGCGAGAACGAGGCGAAGGGGAAGGGUGCAAAAUGAUUUAUUGAUUACAUGAUGAAAUCGCCGGUGCAGAAACGAUAUUGUAGUGUACAUAUCUGCCCAAUUUGUCCAAUUAGCAAGGCGUUUUUGGUACAGAAAAUGGAUGAAAUCUCCUUAUGAUGAAAACUAGUCUAGAGCACAAUCUUGCCUAGGUAGGUAGGGAAAGGUGAUAAAAGGUAGAGUUAUUCAAAGUACGGCCAUCAAUGGUAAAUGAGUCCCUCAAUGUCGGGGAAUAUUGUAAACGGGAUACUCAUUUACUAUGAAUAUCAGCUCUUCGACUCUUUGAUUAUUGCUACUGAAUGUCCCUC